CCGCCCUUGGAGGCGUUUCAAAGCUCAGCUAGGCUGCUCUGGAAGUGGUUCAAUAUAUCGCUACGGUAUAACUAGUUAUUUGACACAACGACACGCACAGUUGAGUACCUUCUAAGGAGGCCCGCCCACUAGAGGCCACCAUGGGGGACGAUAGUGAGUGGAUGAAGCUUCCUGUCGACCAGAAAUGUGAACACAAGGUCUGGAAAGCCCGUCUGAGCGGCUAUGAAGAAGCCCUGAAACUCUUUCAGAGGAUAGAGGAUGAAAAAAGUCCAGAAUGGGGAAAAUACCUUGGCCUGAUCAAGAAGUUUGUCACAGACUCCAAUGUUGUGGCUCAACUGAAGGGCCUGGAGACAGCCUUGGCCUUUGUGAUGAAUGCCCACAUAGCCGGAAAGACAACGGGCGAGGUGACGUCCGGAGUGAUCACCAAGGUGUUCAACCAACCCAAGGCGCGGGCAAAAGAGCUGGGCUUAGAGAUCUGCCUGAUGUACAUAGAGAUCGAGAAGGCUGAAGUGGUCCAGGACGAGCUGCUGAAAGGGCUGGAGAACAAGAACCCAAAGGUGGUCGUGGCCUGCCUUGAGGCCCUCCGGAAGGCCCUCAGUGAGUUUGGAUCAAAGAUUGUGACCUUAAAGCCAGUGGUGAAAGUGUUGCCGAAGCAGUUUGAAUCCAGGGAGAAGGCGGUGAGAGACGAAGCAAAGCUCCUGGCCAUAGAGAUAUUCAGGUGGAUCAGAGAUGCUUUGAGACCCCCGCUGCAGGGUAUCAACUCUGUCCAGUUGAAGGAUCUGGAGGAGGAGUGGGUGAAGGUGCCGACAGCCGCGCCCAAACAGACCAGGUUUCUCCGCUCACAGCAAGACCUGAAGGCCAAGUUUGAGCAGCACCAGGCCAAUAAAGGAGAUGAAGUUGACGGGGAGGAAGAGGAGGACACGGUGGUGGUGGUGGAUCCCUAUGAGCUGCUGGAGGCGGUGGAUAUCCUCGCCAAGCUCCCAAAGGACUUCUACGAGAAGAUAGAAGCCAAGAAGUGGCAGGAGAGGAAGGAAACCCUGGAGGCUGUGGAGACGCUGGCUAAAAAUCCGAAACUAGAGGCUGGAGACUAUGGAGACCUGGUCAGAGCGCUGAAGAAGGUUGUGGGGAAAGAUGCCAACGUUAUGCUAGUGACCCUGGCCGCUAAAUGCCUGGCUGGUCUGGCCUCUGGACUCAGGAAGAAGUUUGGAACUUAUGCCACACUUGUGAUGUCGACUAUUCUUGAGAAGUUCAAGGAGAAGAAACCUCAGGUUGUGCAGGCCUUGCAGGAGGCCAUCGACGCCAUCUUCCUCACUACCACCCUGCAGAACCUGUCAGAGGACAUCUUGGGCGUGAUGGACAACAAGAAUCCCUCCAUCAAGCAGCAGGCCUCCCUCUUCCUGGCCCGUGCCUUCAGACACUGCACCCAGGCCACCCUGUCCAAAAGCGUCCUCAAGCCCUUCUGUGCAGCCCUCCUUAAGCAAGUGAAUGACUCGGCCCUGGAGGUUCGAGACGCCGCUUUUGAGGCCUUGGGGACAGCCAUGAAGGUGAUCGGGGAGAAGGCCGUCAACCCCUUCCUGGCCGAUCUGGAUAAGCUCAAACUGGAUAAGAUAAAGGAAUGUGCAGAUAAAGUGGAACUCCCCGGGGCUAAACGCGGGGCGAGCGGAGGAGACAAGAAGCCUGCCGCUAAAGCCCCUCCCCCAAGUGAAGCCCCAUCCAAGUCCUCAGGCCCGCCCAAGAAGACACCUGCAGCCGCGGCCAGCAAGCCUUCCGCAGGUCCUUCUAAGAAGGGCAAGCCAACCGCCGCGUCUGGGGCUAAGGCUAAGAAAGGGGUCGAGGCCAAAGAUAUUAUAGAAACCGAACUGGCGAUCGAGGUUUGUGAGCAGAGGGCAGCGCUAGUACUUCCUGCGUCCUGUCUGGAGCAUCUAGAUUCGGCCAACUGGAAGGAGAGGCUGGCCAGCAUGGAGGAGUUCCAAAAGGCUGUCGAGACCAUGGAUAAGAUAGAAAUGCCCUGCCAAGCCUUGGUUAGGAUGCUUGCCAAGAAGCCUGGGUGGAAGGAGACCAACUUCCAGGUGAUGCAGAUGAAGCUCCGCGUGGUGGCCAUCAUCGCCCAGAGAGGGCAGUUCUCCAAGACCUCCGCCUCGGUGGUCCUGGAGUGCCUGGUGGACAAGGUGGGAGACGUCAAGUGCGGCGGGAACGCAAAGGAGGGUCUGACAGCCAUCGGGGAGUCCUGCUCACUGCCCUGGACUGCUGAACAGUUGGUAUCAUUGGCUUUUGCUCAGAAGAACCCCAAGAACCAGUCCGAGUCUCUUAACUGGCUGGCCAACGCCAUGAAGGAGUUUGGCUUCGCUGGGAUCAACGUGAAAGCCUUCAUCAACAACGUGAAGAUCGCGCUGGGAGCCACCAACCCUGCCGUGCGGAUCUCGGCCAUCGCCCUGCUGGGGGUGAUGUACCUCUACAUGGGCGCCCCCCUGCGCAUGUUCUUUGAGGACGAGAAGCCCGCCCUGCUCUCGCAGAUAGACGCAGAGUUCGAGAAGAUGCAGGGCCAGUCGCCCCCCGCAGCCACCCGGGGCACCAGGAAGUCUGGGCCCGAGGCUGAUGGGGACGAUGGGGACGAACCAGAGGAGGAUGCGGCGGGACCACCAGACAUCAUGGAUCUCCUCCCCCGAACAGACAUCAGCGAUAAGAUCAACUGUGACCUGGUGUCUAAGAUCGGGGAUAAGAACUGGAAGAUCAGGAAGGAGGGUCUGGAUGAGGCGGCGGCCAUCAUUUCGGAAGCCAAGUUCAUCACGGCCAACAUCGGAGAUCUGUCCCUGGCCCUCAAGGGACGUCUCAAUGACUCCAACAAGAUACUGGUGCUGCAGACCCUGACUAUGCUGCAGCAGCUGGCCACUGCCAUGGGCCCCGGCCUGAAACAACAUAUUAAACCCCUAGGGAUCCCCAUCAUCACUGUGCUGGGAGACAGCAAGGCCAAUGUGAGGGCUGCUGCCUUGGCAACGCUGCAGGCGUGGGUGGAGCAGACUGGAAUGAAGGAUUGGCUUGAGGGAGACGACAUGUCAGAGGAGCUGAAGAGAGAAAACCCCUUUCUCCGCCAGGAGCUCCUGGGCUGGUUGGCCGAGAAGCUACCCAACAUGAGGACGGUGCCGGGGGACCUGAUGCAGUGUGUGCCCCAACUCUUCGCCUGCCUGGAGGACCGCAACGGUGACGUCCGCAAGAAGGCCCAGGACGCCCUGCCAAUGUUCAUGAUGCACCUGGGCUUCGACAAGAUGACCAAGGCAGCGGGGAAACUCAAGCCCGCAUCCAAGGACCAGGUGUCGGGCAUGUUGGAGAAGGCCAGGGCGGUGAUGCCGGCGAAACCUGCUGCACCCUCCAAGGCAGGGGAUGGGGCAGGUAAGGCUCCUGGGAGCAAGGCAGCGGCAGGCCCCAGGCCUCAGGCCUCCGGUGACGACGCCACCGACUCCAAACCCGAAGGCAAGAAGAUCAGAGGAGGGGGAGCGGCGGCCAAGAGGCCCCCCUCCCCUUCCGAGGAGCCCGCCACAGAGGACAGUAGUGGUAGUAAAAAGGCCCCAUCAGUCAGGGGCAAGGCUGCUGCUGGAGGUCAACAGGGGACAGCGGGUAAGAAGCCUGCUGCCAAAGGCAUGAAGGAGGAAGAGGACCGGUCGGGACCCAUCUUCACCCUGAUCCCCAACGCCAAGGAGCAGCGGAGCAAAGAGGAGAAGCAGCUGAAGAUCCUGAAGUGGAACUUCACCACCCCCCGGGACGAGUACCUGGACCAGCUCAAGGCCCAGAUGUCCACCUGCUUCGCCAAGUGGCUGCAGGACGAGAUCUUCCACUUUGACUUCCAGAGACACGUCAAGGCCAUCGGCGUCAUGAUGGAGAGGUUGGAGAGCGAGAGCGAGGCGACCAUCGGCUGCCUGGACCUGAUCCUCAAGUGGUUCACGCUGCGCUUCUUCGACACCAACACCACUGUGCUGAUGAAGGUGCUGGAGUACCUGAAGCUGCUGUUCGCCAUGCUCAGCGCGCAGGGCUUCCACCUCAGCGAGUACGAGGCCAGCUCCUUCGUCCCCUACCUCAUCCUCAAGAUGGGGGAGUCCAAGGACGGGGUCCGUAAAGACGUGCGCACCAUCCUGACCCUGCUGUGCAAGGUGUACCCCGCCGCCAAGGUCUUCCCCUUGCUCAUGGACGGUACCAAGUCCAAGAACUCCAAGCAGAGAUCCGAGUGUCUGGAGGAGCUGGGCCUGCUGAUCGAGGGCAACGGUCUGACCGUGUGCCAGCCCACGCCGGCCAAGUGCCUGAAGGAGAUCGCCGUGCACAUCGGCGACCGGGACACCUCGGUGCGCAACGCCGCCCUCAACACCGUGGUCGCCGUCUACAACGUCUGCGGCGAGCAGGUCUACAAGCUCAUCGGAAAUCUAUCGGAGAAGGAGAUGAGCAUGCUGGAGGAGCGGAUCAAGCGCUCGGCCAAGAAGACCCCCGCCGCCGCCCCCGCCAAGCAGAGCGCCCCGGAGCGCACCCAGCCCCCCAACUCCACCGCCACCUUCCUGCGCAAGCCCGCCCAGGAGGACCCCAACAAACUCAACCAAGCGCGUCAGAAUGCGCAGCACAACGAGCCCUCCCACCCCAGCAUCCCCCGGGAGUUCCAGCUGGACCUGGACAUGAUCGAGACGGACCAGGGCCGCGUGGGCGACCUGCCCGACCUGGUGCAGCACAAGCUGGAGGAGCUGCUGGAGCCCAUCGUGAUGCCCGAGCCCAAGAUGCGCUCGGUCUCCCCCCACUACGAUGAGCUCCACAACAGCACGGCCUCCACCAUAAACUUUGUCAUCUCCCAAGUGGCCAGUGGGGACAUCAACACCAGCAUACAGGCACUGGCUCAGAUAGACGAGGUGCUGCGGCAGGAGGACAAGGCGGAGGUGAUGUCGGGCCACAUCGACCAGUUCCUCAUCGCCACCUUCAUGCAGCUGCGGCUCACCUACAACACGCACAUGGCGGACGAGCGCCUGGACAAGAAGGACAUCUUCAAGCUGUACAGCUGCAUCAUCGGCAACAUGCUGUCUCUGUUCUUCAUGGAGUCCCUGGCCCGGGAGGCGUCCAUGGGCGUGCUGAAGGACCUGAUGCACGGCCUGAUCACGCUGAUGCUGGACGGCCGCGUGGAGGACAUCGAGGACGGCCAGCAGCUCAUCCGCUCGGUCAACCUGCUGAUGGUGCGCGUGCUGGAGCGCUCCGACCAGACCAACAUACUCAGUGCUCUCCUCGUCCUCCUCCAGGACAGUCUGAUAACCACGGGUGGCUCUCCAAUGUUCUCCGAGCUGGUCAUGAAGUGUCUGUGGAGGAUGAUCCGCUACCUCCCAGAGAGCAUCAACAGCAUCAAUCUGGACCGCAUCCUGCUGGACGUGCACAACUUCAUGAAGGUGUUCCCCAAGGACAAGCUCAAGCAGCUGAAGAGCGACGUGCCCCACCGGACCCUCAAGACCCUGCUGCACACACUCUGCAAGCUCACGGGCGCUAAGAUCCUGGACCACCUGUCCAUGAUCGAGAACCGCAACGAGUCUGAGCUGGAGGCCCACCUGAGGCGGGUGGUGAAGCAUUCUGGGAACCUGUCGGGGAUCAAGAGCGACCGGGGCAACGAGAAGAGCGGCCCGCGUACGGAGGAUCGGAUGUCGAAGGCCAAAGUGAGCGACAUCCUGUCGGAGAUCUUCAAGAAGAUCGGCUCCAAGGAGAACACCAAGGAGGGUCUGACGGAGCUGUAUGAGUACAAGCAGCAGUACUCGGACGCGGACCUGGAGCCCUUCCUGAGGAACACGUCUCAGUUCUUCCAGAGCUACGUGGAGCGGGGCCUGCGCAUGAUCGAGUCGGAGCGCGAGGGCAAGGGCCGCAUCCAGACCACGGCAGUGAUCCCCCAGCACGGCGUGGACUCGGGGCCUCUGGGGGGCAACAACGGGGAGGACCUGAAGCCGGCCAUGUACUACGAGAGGCUGAAGAUCCUGCGGCAGAGGAAGGGCCUGGAGAACCACACCAAGGGCUUGGGUGGAGUCGGAGGAGUGGGAGGCCCGGAGGACGAGCAGCAGCAGCAGCAGCAGCGUCUGCCCAUCUCCUCGCUGCUGUCCCCCAAGCCCCCCGUGGCCUCCUCCACCGACAUGCUGCAGAGCAAGCUGUCCCAGCUCAAGGAGUCCCGGGAGCUGUACCAGCAGGAGCUCAGCCCGCACGGCCACUCGCCCCCCCGCGGCCGCUCGGCCUCCCCCUCCGCCAACCUGGACGACCUGAAGAAGCGUCUGGAGAGGAUCAAGAGCAACCGGCAGUGAGGCGGGCGGCGGUGUUCCGCACCUGUCACUUUUUAAAAAGGUCUCCAUCUCGCGCUCCCCUGCUCUGUGCACCCCAAUGCAGCUGAUGGUAGAGAAGUGUGUGUGUGUGUGUGUGUGUGUGUGUGUGUGUGUGUGUGUGUGUGUGUGUGUGUGUGUGUGUCUCUGGUUCCCUGAAGACCAGCUUCACCCCGGAACCAACAGGGUCUCUCACUCCCUCGCUCGCCCGUUUUCACAGUUUGUUUACAACUGACCAAUAAAUAAAUCCCCUAACAAGCAACGGCCCGUGUCAAGCCUGGAUUCAGGAUCAUAUUUUUGUAACUCAAGGCGUCCGAUAGGUCGAGUCGCUCGCCGUCCAGUGGGCUUGAAGGACCCCCCCCCCCCCCCGAGUCGAUGGCGAGUUUGAGCACGUGAGGUAUGACAACAUCUGUUAAGGUAGCGUAUGAUGCGUUCUAGUGUGUUUUUAACCAUUAUUUGUAAUUGAACCCAGUCAUAACAUUGGGUCCUUAAUUUUUGGGAAAACAUUGCAUUUCAUUUGUAAAUCGUGAAGAAGCAUAAUUAAAUUGGCGUGAUCCACAGUGUAGGACACACAGGUAGGACGGGUAGGUCUAGAUGCAUUGCCUGAUUUACUUUUGUUGUACAGUUUUAGUAACCAAUGGCUGAACUAUGUUCCACCCUGUUCCGUAGGGGGUUAUAUUCGGUUGGGUCCAAUGUUGUCUUGCCGGUCGCCCUAACCCUAACCUCUGGGCCCUCGGCUCUCCUGGGCUACUCUUUCCACACAUGCAGACCCCCCCGUACAUUAACACUCCCUACAGUAAAAGAUAACCAAGAACCUUGCCACAUCGUAUAUAUUAAUAAGAACCAUUAGUGGAUAACCCUUUUUCCUCCUGUUUCAUAUUGUGUUGCGUGGUUUUUGUAUAUACUGGGGAUGGCUCACCACUGGAUAGCAUGGAAGCGCUUUUUGGCCGGAUACAAAGAGUUGUGCACUUUGUUUGUAGUCCAGUGCCAGCCCUCAUGGGGCGGUCCCAACGAGGGCACGCGGGUGUAGAUACUGGAUGGCCCCCAGCUGGCCUAGGAAUGUUGAAACAUCGAAAGAAUCCGAUGUUUGGACCUGUUUGCGUCCCUUCACAACGCUAGGGCAACUAGCAGGCUUGGCUUCAUUCUGGUGCCCCCUGGUGGUACCAGAAUGUUAUGACAGAUGUCUGUCCCUUCCUCCCGCUCCCCCCUCCACCUUUUUGAAUUCAAGUAUCCGAGCUAAUCUAUUCUAGACUAGUAUGACUACCCUCAGCGGCUUGUCAACGACUUGCUAACCGUUUAAUAAUCAACAGCCGACCAUCCAAUGAGUUGCUCAUUAGUUUUAGGUUGGCGCUCUUCUUCCUGAGCAAGGACAUAGUUGUUAUGCAUUCACGCUUAACAGUCAGCACUUUUAAAUCACUUGUCGUUCCCGGGCCCCACGCAUGGCCUCUUUGGGGGCCAUGUUACCACAGACAGAUUGCAUGAGAUAUGCACCCUUUUAUCUUUUAUAACCACUGCAGGUUCCAGUGUAAGUGCUGGGUUUGAUUCACUGCAACCCUGAUGUGAGUGGAGUACGUUACAAACUGUUGCAGAGCAGACCAAACUGGUGUUAAACCAGUUCCACACUUGCUAUACAAUCCUAAGUGACACCAACAUGUUACCAUACGUCUCCUCUUCUGGCCUUUUGAAAUUAUUUGUUUCGGGUAAAUAAGUUAAUAUCGUUCAGCUCAGUUGAGUUCAGGAGUUGCGUUCUCCCGCUGUUCUGCGGUCAAGAAUGAUUUAAUAGCAGUUCCUCAGUUGGUCUCACAGUCGAGCUGGUGAGUAGGGGUCAAAGGCAGAGCCAUUUUUAACUUAUCUUGGAUUAUGUUAUGGAAUGUACCAUGGACUGUCUCCCUUGUAAAGAGGUCUUCACAGUGAAUAGGUGCUCGCCACAACAUAAGUUUUAACAGAAAAAUCCUCAUUUAGCACCGGGCAGCCAAGACGGUCAGAGCUACCACAGAAUAAUAACUUAAUGUAAGUUUAUGUUAUGGCUCUUCCAACUGAAGGAAUUUCACCGCACAUGGUUUUGGUUAUCUUGUUUAAUUUUUUUGUAUGGUUAAAGAGCAUGGCAUGAAGUUAUUUUUAUUUAUCUUGUAAAUAAAGUUUGCAUUGCUAAAAAAAAUAACGGUAAGCUGCUUAGUUGAUAAUAUUUUUUGUUUUCUGAUGAAGUUCUUGAUGGCAAAGGGUGCUGUCUGUAAUCAUUCUGUAGCUGAAUGUUGAGUGGGGGGAAAUAAAUAAUAUUGUUUUUUAUUUAUUCAAACUGCUGGUAGUCUUACAUUGUUGCUCCAGUUUUCCAUGUAUAAUCCAUGAUGGAAAAUUUAAAUAAAGUCCUGUUUUUUUUUUAACAAUCUAAAUUCAUGGGCCUGUUUUUUGAAAAUGCAUUUUUCUGAAAAUGAACAGUGCUGUAGUUCAGUUUAGCCUAUGAAAACUUAAAGGAAACGGAAUAACUCAAUAAACCAAAGGCAGUACAGAUUUCACUAGUUCCUGGUCAACUGCUUCAGCCUUGAGCUAAGCAGUGGUAUUGCCUCAGGAUAACGCGCGUUUGAACACAUGUUAAAGAGACAUUGAUAGCCAGAUUUUGAUUUGGGUAGAGGGCCUACACAGUCCACAAUGAGUCUCAAAAGGCUCCCCUAUAACCGGAAUAGGCUGAAGUGGUGCCGGGUGAACCACCUGGUUUGAUUUUCCUGCUAACUGACAUACAUGACAUACAUAGCCUCCAUCACUAGUUCAAGACGCCUAAGAUGCAGCUUUAACUCAAGCUCCCUCAAACCUGAAGCUUUGGCUGGAGUAAUUUCUGAUUCAGCAGACAACCAAUCACUUUGCUCUUCCUGAUCUUCCUCAGAAUGAG